AGGGGCGCGCAGGUUCUUCAUCUCCGGAUUGCUGCUGGCCUCUUCUUCUUGGGAGGUGGCAGUCACUGUUGCUGCUGAGAAGCCAGCCUGCAUUUCCCUGCCUGUUGGUCGCCCAGUGAGGAGUUAAGACUGCACCUCCAGCCGGGACACACAUGGCUUGUUACCUGGUUAUCAGUUCGAGACAUCUCAGCAAUGGACACUACAGGGGCAUUAAGGGAGUCUUCAGAGGACCUCUCUGCAAGAAUGGAUCUCCGUCUCCGGAUUUUGCAGAAAAAGAGAAGUCCACAGCAAAAGCUCUGGAAGAUGCAAAAGCGAACUUUUAUUGUGAAUUAUGUGACAAGCAGUAUCACAAACACCAGGAGUUUGACAAUCAUAUCAAUUCUUACGACCAUGCGCAUAAGCAGAGAUUGAAAGAAUUAAAGCAACGAGAAUUCGCUCGAAAUGUAGCUUCCAAGUCAUGGAAAGAUGAGAAGAAGCAAGAAAAAGCACUUAAGCGACUCCAUCAGCUGGCUGAGCUGAGGCAGCAAUCUGAAUGUGUUUCUGGAAAUGGACCAGCAUACAAAGCCCCCAGGAUAGCCAUGGAAAAGCAGCUCCAGCAGGGAAUUUUUCCUGUUAAGAAUGGCAGAAAGGUCUCCUGCAUGAAGAGCACGCUUCUCCUCAAGGGAAAGACCCUCCCCAGAAGUACCAUGGAGAAGCAGCGAUUUGCUAUGCAUAACCGACAACAGCUGCAAGCAGACAGGCGGUGCCUGUUUGGAAAUAGGAUAACACAAACGUCUUCAGAUCUCGGCAGUGCAAAUCACAGGACAGGAGUUUCAUUUUCAUUUUCAAAAAAAGCUUAUCUAAAAUUAGAAUCCUCAGCCUCAGUUUUCAGUGAGAACACAGAUGACACACAUGAGUGUAACAAGUCACCCGCCUAUAAAGUCAAACAAACAGUAGAGGAAUGCACGUGUUGCAGGUUUGCAAAUGACGAUUCACACCUUACUAAGGAAGAAGGUGUCAUCUCACCAAGCCAUCUGGACGGCGUGCUAAACAACACCUUCUCAAUGAAUUCUAAAAUGUCACAAAACAAAAAUGAAUCUCUUAAUGAGAUACUGAAAGAUUCAUCAGGCAUUCAUGCUUCUUUUUCUAGGUCUAACCUCCAUCUUUCAGAAAAAAAUUUUACUCUUUCCAACAGAGAGAAAGAAAUCAGGAAUACAUUGAAAGAUACUUCAGAAAAUGGCAUUAAUCACCCACGACAAGCAAAUGAAUCCUCCAAUCAACUUCAUGUUCGCAAACACAGUGAUAACCAUUGGUGCGAAAGUAUGGAUGAGUUUUCACCUUCAGGGUCAAGAGAACAAAAGAGCAGAGCACAUCUGAAUCCUAUCUCCAGAAUGGAAGCAAAAGCAAAGGCUUCAGAAGAAGCAGACAGAGUUAACAACAGUGUUCAGAGACUUUACAGAGAAGGCUGUCCACGUGACCUGAAGUCUAAACCAUUGCCUUUCCUCCAUGUACAGAGCAAGGAUGGACUCACCACUCUACAGUGGCCUACAGAGCUCCUGUUCUUUACCAGAACGGAGCCUUGUAUAUCUUACGGCUGUAAUCCACUAUAUUUUGACUUCAAACUUUCUCGCAACAUGAAGGAUGAGCAUAAUUCAGAGAAUGUAAAAAAAGAAUUGGAGAAGGAGCCUUUGGAAAUGAAGCGAAAAACAGAGAGUCAAGUCUCAGGUUUAAUGAAAGAACAGCAAAAAUUGACACAAGAUAAUCAGUCUCAGAAGCCAAAGAUGAUUAUAGCUAACCCAGAUUGGGAAAAGUUCCAGAGAAAAUACAAUUUGUACUACAGUGAUUCUGAUUCUAGUACGAGUGAAUGUGAUAGUCUGAGAGACUUGGAUAUGAAAAGUCCUGAAGUGCCCACCUACCUUAAUCUGUCUCUAAAAUAUGGCAUGAGAAAGGAUAAUGCUGAUGAUACUGAAUUCAAGGGACCUUCAAAUGUCCACGGGCAGAGCUGCAAAAGGACAGUUUUAAACAAUGCUCAGGACUGGCCUUCAUGCUCACCUCACAUCUCCAGGACUAAAACACACAAGCAGAAUUCCUGCACUCCACAUUCAGAGGUUGAAGAACAAAACCAGUGUGCCUGGAAUUUUAGUCCUUGUACAUCAGAGAAGCACAGUGAGCCUGAGAAGGAUAUCAGUGAGAGUUUAAAUAGCUGCAGCAUCGGCCUGGGCAACAAGGCUUCUACAAGUGGAAAACAAAGCUAUGACGGAUUUUCUCCAAAGCCACCUCUGAGUAACCGUCCCAGACCUCGGGAUGAAUCUCCCAGAAAUGUGGCCAGUUGGAGGAACACGUGCUCAAGUCAUCGGUCCAAUGGCGGUGGUCGCAGUCAUUUGCUCUAUGUUUGCAAAGCAGAAUGUGACUCAAUUGAAAGACACAUGUGGAAACAUCGAAAACACAAUUGCUUCUGCUUGUCUAAUGUCCCAAUAAGCAGUAGCUGUCCUCAGUUAGAAACUCAGAGAGGCAGGAAUGGUAAACUAUGGGACUCACUUAAAACUAAAAAACAGUCGAAACACAGCAAAUGUCACUGCAGAGAGAGAUGUAAACUGGGUAAAAAUCAACAAUUUGAAGGGUUGAAACCAACAAGAGUUUUUAAUUGUGAUUCCAGUUCACAGGUUUUGCUUGAUAGAAACAGUGAAAAACCCUUAAAUGGCCCGGGACCUCAGCACAGCAAAUCAGGCUUAUAUUUGAGACAGAGAGCUUACUGUUUAAACAAAAACAAGAGAAGUCAAAAGUCUUUGACCAGCCUUCACAUUAAUGAUGUGGGAAAAGUCAAGUGCAGACCAUGCAACCGGAGGACUCUCAACUACCUUCUAAGGAGCUGUGGAGGUGGCCCUUCAGACACCACACAGUCAAACAUUUUGGAUGGAGAAGGACCUUCCCUGACAGCAAAGUGUCUUUUAGAAAGAAUAAAAGCCAAGAAGUGUCAGGAGCAAGCAACCAAGUUUGAGGUUUCUUCAAAUAGUUGUUUAAAAGAAUCAGAGACUCAUUCACAGAUACAACCCACAGUUCAACCUAGACCACCAAGCUGCAACAGAACAGCCUUACCUUUUUCAGAGAGGAGACAACAACUGAGGAAAAGGAGAAAUGAUAAAGACAGUAUAAUUUAUAAGACUUCUGACAAAGACACAAUCAGAAGCUCACAAAAAAUUAAUUUUACUGUAUUCACAGAUGCUGAAUGUGAUAACAAUCUCUCCAAAGGCAUAAAUCACGCAGUAACAGACUCUCAGUCUCCAAGCAGAGAAAAGAACCAGACAAUGAAAGAGCAAUCUAAAUCUUCAAUUAGUGAAGUCCAGCCUUUCCUUGAAAGCUGUGACUCAGUACCAAAUCAUUUCCUUGGUGCUUUUCCAUCUACUAGAUAUACUGGUGUGUCUGAUUCAACAGAGACCAAAGAGGACCAGAUAAAUCUAGACUUACAAGAUGUAAGCAUGUCUAUGAAUCAUGUAGAGGGGAAUAUAAACUCUUGCUAUGACAGAACUACGCAUAAGCAUGACAAAGUGGAAGAUGAAUUGGAAGGGUGUCCCAAGUCUCUCUCCCCACCUUUAGUUCAUCAGCCCAUAACAUUUUCUCCGGAUGAAAUAGACAAGUACAAGCUCCUCCAGCUACAGGCCCAGCAGCAUAUGCAGAAACAGCUCCUGUCCAAGCAUCUCCGGGUUGUGCCUGCCUCAGGGCCCACUGCCUUCUCUCCGCCCUCAGCUGUGCAGACAGUUCCAGUCCACCAGCAUACAGCCAUCACCACCAUUCACCACACCUUCCUACAGCACUUCGCUGUUUCUGCUUCCAUCAGCUCCCACGGCAGCCCCCUCCCAAUGGCUCAUAUCCACCCAUUCCCACAGACACAUUUCGGCCCUCUUCCAUUUCCAACCAUGGCUCCAACCAUUAUCCCUGCACACCCUACUUUUCUAGGACAUCCCCUGCAUUUAGUCACUGCUGCCCCCUUUCACCCAUCACAUAUAGCAUUUCAGGCUCUGCCUCCUGCAGCGUUUAUCCCCACAUUGUUUGGUCCUCAUUUAAAUCCAGCCACAACUUCUCUCUUCCAUUUGAACCCUUUAAUCCAACCAGUGCUGCAAGGGCAAGAUCUUUACCAUCAUGCUUGUUCCAACCAGAUGCAGCAGUUAAACAGUGUGAAAGAGGCCUUAAAUAUGUCAGUCCAUUUUAACUAA